GCUCGGUUGUGGGUUCAGCUGAUGAAGGAGUUGAGACAGGGUGUGAAGCUGAAGAAGGUGGAGGAACAGCCAUUUAACCCUCUGCCCACAGAGUUCAGCCUAACGCCCUUUGAGAUGCUUAUGCAAGACAUUCGCUCGUGCAAAUAUAAACUACGCAAAGUUGUGGUAGAUAUAAAUAUUCCCACAUGUGUGAAACAAAAUGCUCAUGAGUUGAUAUUGGACUUCAUCAGAUCAAGACCCCCUCUUAAACCAGUUUCUGAGCGCAGCUUGCCUCCUCCUCCACAGCAGCAGCAUUCACUCCAUGAACAGGUUUUGGCUGAGAUUAGACAAGAUCAUAAACUGAGACCUGUGGAGCCACCCACUCCCAAGAGAUCGUUUGGCUCUUUACCAUGUCUGGCACAAACCUGCCAGUGUGACAUCAAAUCCACGUCCUGCAUUGACCUAUCAGUCACUGAAGCAGGGUGCCGCCCACAAUCUCGUAUACGUGUGCUCCUAAAAGCUCCAACACUGGCAGAAAUGGAGGAGAUGAAUAUAUUUGAGGAUGAGGACUCUCCAGAUGUUGACAUCAGGCGAGUGGAGAGCUCCCCUACACCUCUGAAGCGAGAUCGCUCCUUCUCAGAACAUGACCUGGAUGAGCUGCGAGGGGAAGUGACAUCAUCGUUCUCAGAAACACCUGAGCUUACAGGUGUUGGUCCCCUUAGAGGAGAGAGACCCCGAUCACACACGCUGACAGGGGUUGGACCACCACACAUGUACCAUGCCUCAUUCCCUGUGUUUGACAGAAUGCCCCCAUCCACCUGUCAGUCUUUCAGCUCAGAAGACAGAAGCCAUGAUGAAAAUGUCUCAACAUCUCGUGAUAUGUCCAGACAUCAGUGGAUGGAGGAGUUCAGUCAUCCAGUGGACAGUUUGGCCUUAACGGUGGAUGAGGUUAUCAAUGUGCGCCGGAUACUUGUCAAAGCUGAGAUGGAGAAAUACAUGCAGAACAAAGAUCUUUAUACUAAUCUGAAGAAGGGAAAGAUAUGCUGCUGUUGUCGAGUUAAAUUUCCACUGUUUUCCUGGCCAUCUACGUGCCUCCUCUGUAAAAGGUCUGUGUGUAGCUCUUGUAGUGCAAAGAUGAAGAUUCCCUACAAAAAGCUGGCACACAUUCCAGUGUACACGGUGGGGUUUCAUAGCAACGUGAAGAGUCACAAGAGUGAUGUCUACAAGUCUCUUCAUUUUCUGUGCAGACACUCAGUAGAAGAGGAGUUUCCUCACAUGUACUCCGCAGGCUGCAAUCUGAGGGAUGUGUGUUCUGACUGCACAAAGUUUGUGGCCGAUGUCAUUUCCUCCAGUCGCAGGAGCCUGGACAUCAUCAACAACACACCAAAACACACCAAAACACCAGACAACACAUCACAACAGCACGUUUCCAAUAUGAUGAACAAAUGAAUGUAUUAACUGAAUUGUGUGAUUGUAAAGGCUUACGCUAGUCAUUUUGGCAGGAAGACCUCACAAUCCCCCCACAAGAUGUACAAUCAUUCAACAAACUUUCUCUUUUAAUGAAAUAUUAGUUACGAUGGAGCAUAUCAACAUGCCCCUCUACUAUACACAUGUAACCAAAACAUCCAUUGGCUAAUGGAGAAAUUGCAUAAAAAAGUAAAGACAAUCUUGUUGAUUUUACUUUAAAUUUGACCUAAACUGUCUAAACCGUCAUAUCUAAUAUUCAUUGUAUUUUCAAGCCUUGGGAUUCAGAUGGACAUAUUUAGCUUAAUGUGAUGUUAUCACUGAGUUUGGCUGAUUUAGGAAAGUGGGGGCCAGAAAUGAGCAGAUAGGAUUCUAAUAUUUUUUUCUCAAUAUUAAAGCUUCUGAUCCACAGCUCAUGUCUGAUUCACUUUUAUUUUGUAAGGACUGCAAGCUUGUAAUAAAACACAUAUCAAU